CCAAGUCCUUCAAUGAGACAUAUCACAAAAAACAUCUAAAUUAUAAGUUUCAAAAUUUCUGUAUCUGCCUGAUUUGCUUGGACUUUCCGGCCCCUCAAAAUGGUCUGCCGCUUCAAUCCGUUCUAUGUGGGUCCAACGCCUCCCACCUGUUGUACCUCGGACACGAUAAAGACCUGCGAUUGUCCGCCCUGUUCACCCGAGACUGGCUACCAAGAGCCGCGUUGUCAGUGCGACCUUUGUUGUUCUGGUAAAAACGAGUGUGCACCGAAACCAGAUGCAAAGGCACAACCCGCCACGGCCAAGGGCUUUUCUAAGUGUACGGCCACAACGAAGACGAUGAUGUGCAGUCCGGCAUGCAUUGAGCCCGCUAAAAAAUAGACAAUUUAACAUCUUUGAAUAUGUCCAAGCAAUGGGCAGGAUAUAACUAGUCCAGAGAGGGUCAGGAAAGACAGGCUUUAAUCAGAGAUACAUUCGUAGAAAUAAAUAAAAAUUGAUUGAACUUCCUUAUUAUUUUCGGUAUUAAAAAAACUCAAUCAUCCAAUCCACUUCCUGGAAAAAAUUAAAUUAAGUGUACUGAAAAAUAUCCGGCAUAGAAAAAAUACAGAAUUUGGGAACACGGCCAUAAAAGACAGCUUGUGAAAACUCAAUUACUUUCCGCUUAGCAGAGCACACACAUCAAUACCAGUUCAAACACAUAUCCAUAGACAUGGCCUUUGGUAUAUUAAAUCAAAGUCAGCCACCACAAAUAUUUUCUCCAAUUCAAUUUGGCCAUAAGAAAAGCAAAAACACAAAGCGAAUGCAAUAAAAACUCAAUAAAAAGCAAUGGAAACAUGGAAAACCU